AUGAAGUUCAUCUAUUCUAUUCCAGCUCUUUCCAUUUUGCUUUCUGCCGUCAACGCCUCUCCAAUUGAUCUUCCACCCGUUUUUAAAAGAGAUUUGGAUUUGUCUCUCACUCAAUCCCAAUGCACUUCUUCUGGAUCUCAGGUGUCAUGCUCCACUUCUGGCUCCUCUGGCAGCGACUCCUGUUGUGUGGAGUCCGAAGGUUUGAUCUUACAAACCCAAUUCUGGGAUACUGAUGUCUCUGGCUCUCCAGAAAACACAUGGACCAUCCAUGGGUUAUGGCCAGACAAGUGUGAUGGUUCGUAUGAUGCCAAUUGUGAUUUCUCUUCUCAAGUUAGCAGUGUUUCCGACGUUUUACAGAACGCUGGCGAGACUGAUUUGGUCAAUUACAUGAGCCAAUAUUGGUUGAACAAUAACGGUGAUAAUGAGGAAUUGUGGACCCAUGAAUUCAACAAACAUGGUACUUGCAUGUCGACUCUUGGUACUCAAUGUUAUGCUAGUGGUACUGCUUCAAACACAAAUGUAGUUGACUUUGCUAAGUUGGUGGUCAAGACUUACCAAGGUUUACCAACUUACCAAUGGUUAGCCAAAGCUGGGAUUACUCCAUCUUCCUCCAAAACUUACUCUGCUGAUGAAAUUUCUGCCGCUUUGAAGGCUGGGUUCGGUAACGAUGUUUUUAUCGGUUGUUCCAACGGGGCCUUCAACCAAGUCUGGUACUUCCACACCGUGCAAGGUUCUUUAUUGAAUGAUGACUUGGUCAAGAUUGAUGCCGUUAGUAAAUCAACCUGUUCUGGACAUGUUAAAUACCUACCAAGACAAUCAAACUGA